AGCUUGCUCCAUCAGAGUUAUUCUUGGGGUCGCUUGCAGGUAUCGGAGACGAUUCUACGGGAACUAUUCACGGGCCUGCAAGUCCAUCCGGAAUUCCUCGAGAUCCUGUUCCUUUUUGGCGAAAAGAUUGGGCCGAUCGAGGAGUCGUUCAGUUCUUUUUGCUCCCACUGUCGGCCCGUCGUAACAAGUCUACCUUCCCCUGGCCCUAUGGGUCCCAUGUGUUCUUAUGAUAUCGGUUAUAAUAUCAAAUACGCGGCUCCUCACAUGAGAACAUUCCCAAAGGAUCCCUAUUCGCUACGUGAGACCGGAGUCUAUCACGCAUUCGACGCCCGGGCACAGAAGGCCAAGUGGGUCUUUAUACAAUCGUCAGCCCCUCUAGAAAACCGUCUGAAAAGAUGUUUCUCACAUCCCUUAGAUACACAUGAUACGUUGCAAUUCAAGAUACACGGCGUCAUCCUCCAGACCGCAUUGGACGGGUGGCGUGAUUACCUGGUCUACCUGGAAGAUACAUUCUCCAGACUGUCCGAUCAAGGCUUUCACACGAGAGUCAGUGGGCCGCGGGGCGAGGAUGACCUGGAUGUUGACUUCUCUGACAUACGGAGCCUCCGGGCGUUGACCGCUAAGAUGCGAAGGCUUCUCCAGAUCAUCAGUCUGAAUGUAGCGGUGGCCGAACGAAUGAAAGCCUGGACGCUGCGUGUAAAGUCUCAUUCGCCACGCAGGCUGUCGGACGCAUUUGAUGACCUCGGUUCGACGAUACAAACAUUCAUCUUGUGCAGUAACACACACAGCAGCCGCCUGAAUUCCAUGAUGGACCGUGGUCGCGGAAUCCAGGGGUUGAUUCAAAGCAUGCUCGAAUCUAGGACCAAUGAAAGCAGCAAGAUGUUGAAUAAUCGGAUGGCACGACUGGCCGAGAUCAGCGCCGACGAAAACAGGCUCAUAGCGGGACUGACGUACCAGGCUACGAGAGACACAAGGGUCAUGUCCUCGAUCAGCUUCAUAUCUGCGAUAUUCCUCCCCGCAACAUUCUUAGCGGUAGGAACCCUACUGACUAGCUUCGCGUGGUGA